AUGGGCCAGGUCCGUGGUAACGAUGCCGCAACGAGCCGAAAGGUCGACUUCGUAUUUCCUAAAUGGCUGAUUUCAAUCCGCAUCAGAGCAACACUCCCAAAGACACAGGCCACCGCACCGCUCCACGCUGAACUUGCUGGGGCUUGCUGCACCGGCGCCCAGGGCGAGGCCAAGGGGCCGUUGCCCAAAUCUGAGCAUGUUGGAUCGACUCAACACCGUCAGCGGAGUAGUAUUGAAGGGCCAUUCGUUCCAGGACUAGAUUCUCUCUUUCUGGUGACAGCCGCGUCUCAAUCUGCAUUACGAGCAAUGUUCCACUCUCGCCAGCUCACUAACAUGCAACAUACCACCGCACCAAGAGAGCGCCAGACCUGCGAGAAUCCUGUCCAGCUUGCUGAGAUGCCAGAGGCCGAUCUAUCCGCCAAACACCAGGUCGGGAAGCCAUCCGCCGUUCUCUACCUUGGCCCCGCUCAAAGAACCUUUCCGGAUCCGGCUGUUAAACGAAGGGGCGGGGUUGAGUGCGAAGACCACGCAGCGGUCAUUGUAGACGUAAACAAGAGCCAGGAAAUUGAAGGCCCGCCAUCUCAAACAACCGUCAAUGAAGUCGCUCUUGAUGUGAGCGAGGACAUUGCGGAUAUUAGAGGAACGUUUCUCCAGCAGGGGUCGGUGAUGCAAGUGAAAAAUGGCAGCCUUCUUCAAAUAUGCCGAUUCCUGUUGGCACGUUUAUGA